AGCGUUGAGGCUCAAGCCAGUUGCAAGUGCUGAAGGCACGCUUGCUGGCUCCACGCUGCUGGCUCUGUCACCAGAAGGCCUUGCGAUGUGGGCAUGGACAGUCGAGCUGCCGACACUCGGCCUGCGCCUGCACACCGGUGAUUUGCUGUCCUCGGGAGAGAGUUUAUCCUGCUGGACUUUGUGUCCCUUCCACUCCGCUUUUUGCUUGGUUUUAUGCUAUUCAAGCUCUAUCACUGUGGAGAGCGUCAGGUGAAGGUCGACUCGGCAGAGAAGAGGCCGGUAUGGUUGCUGCCGUACAUGUACAUUCAGGAGCUGAAGCCUUUGCUGGCGAUGGCAAUUUUUGCGGCUUUGGCCGCCCUACCUUUUGUGGUGGCAAUGCUUAUGGGCUGCAGGUCAUUAGUGUCAGCAUUCACCCUGGCCUACCUCGGCGUCCUCUCCGCGUUCCGGUGGCUGGAGCUAGUGAGCAAGUCCGGCCCCAAAGGUUUCGACGCGACAGCCACGACCUUUGCGGUAUACUUUAGCAUUCCUGCAGAAAUUCAUUUCGAGGAUGGCAAGAUCAAGGGCAUCACGGAGCGAAAAUGGCGUAUAGUGGACCUUGCGGCGCGUAUGUCCUUCCAUGCGCUGAUCAUGCUCGUGACCCUUUCUUUGGGCAAGGCCACAGGGUACCUACCAUUCCUGUCGGCACUUCCGUCUGCUUUGCCGAUGCACGGGCUUCCCGGGAGCAUUCCAGCAAUUUACCUUCAGACAAUUUUCGUCUACGGCAUGCUAGCCACGUGCAUGCUUCACCAUCGGCUGAUCGCAACGCUUUGUGGUUUUGAGACGCUCCAAGGGAUGAAUGCGCCACUUGUGAAAUCUACCUCGUUCCGAGACUUCUGGGGGCGCCGCUGGAACAUGAUAAUCCACAACUUGAUGAAGCGCCUUAUCUUCGCGCCGCUGCAGCAUGGCGGGCCGCUGAAGAAAAAUCUUGCAGGGGCCGCGGCUUUCCUUGUGUCGGGGCUCUUCCAUGAGUACAUGUGGCUGCUGCUGCAUGUGGCGCGACCCGAUGGCAGCCGCUAUGUCCCUGGCAAGGUGACAGCUUUUUUCAUGGUGCAGUUCGUGGCAACGGCAGCGCAGGUCUUGCUGAAGAAGACCCCGUUGGGGCUGGCCCUGGGCAACCUGCCGGCGCCGUGCCAGACGCUGCUCACAACGCUCUGCAUCCUGCCAUUCGGCCCUCUCUUCUUGGAGGGCGUCUUUGACAUGAUGUUCGAGACCACCAUCACACUUCCAUCUGUGGAGCUCAUGCGCUGAGUCGCCAUUCAGGCCAGUCACCAUCCCCAGCUCUCUACUUGAAGCCUCGGACGCUUGGUUCUUGCUUGGACUGGGGGUGGGAUUGAAAUCCAGCUGCAGCACGGAUUCGCAAGCGCGGUGCUGGAGGCCUGGCAAGGGGCUGGCAUCCAGCAUCCAGCUGGCCGAUGGCAAGUGCCACAAGGUUCUCAUCCGGAGGACAUGUACAGGAUGAAAUUUUCGGGCCUGUGUGAAAGGGUUGGCGUUGUGUAUAGGUCGGACGCUGCAAUGCACGGAUUGGAUGACCUGGCACUGGCUUCGCCGU